AAGCUAAUAAGAAAAAAAAUGAGUUCGUCCUCUAAUUCUAUUCUACCUGGACCACCUAGCCGAAGCAACUUAUCAGCUGCCGACCUCAGCACCUCCGGCCUGCUCGCGUUUGCUUCUGGUCCUUGUGUCUCUCUCGUCGACUCACAGUCUCUGCAGCUCAUUUCCACCGUCUCUCUCCCUUCCCCUCUCUCUUCUGCAAGUCCUACAGUCACCUCUCUUCGGUGGGCUCCUCUUCCACUCCGUCGUCAGCGUGAUCCCUUCUCCUCUCAUCUCCUCAUCGCUGUGGGUGAUAACCUCGGCCGCAUCGCACUUGUUGACUUUCGCGUCCCUUCGGUCCGCCUAUGGCUUGAACAAGACUCUGACGGAGGCGUGCAGGAUCUCUGUUGGGUAUUGGCUCUACCCGAAUCUUACAUCAUUGCUGCCAUCUCCGGUUCAUCUUCUCUCACGCUCUACACGGAUUCAGGACACGUGUUCUGGAAACAUGACUCAUCUCCUGAGUUCAUAUCCUGCAUUCGCUGUGAUCCCUUCGACUCCAGCCAUUUCUGCCUUCUCGGACUCAAAGGGUUUCUUCUUUCCGUUAAACUGGUUGGGAUCACUGAGAACGAUGUUACUUCCAAGGAGUUUCACAUCCAAACGGAUAGCACCGAUCUGCAGAAGCUAGAACGUGAGGCCCUUGUUAGUAGCAGCAGCAGCAGUCACUCUUCAACAGCCGUUUUCCCUUUUUAUUCUGCGAAAUUCUCUUUCUCACCACACUGGAAACACAUCAUCUUCGUCACCUUUCCUAGAGAGCUUGUCGUGUUUGAUUUACAAUACGACGCAACCCUCUACGUGGUUGCUUUACCUCGUGAGUACGCCAAGUUUGUUGAUGUUUUGCCUGACCCAAACCAAGAGUUUUUGUACUGCCUUCACUUUGAUUGCAGGCUCAGCAUUUGGCGACGACAAGAAGGGGAACAAGUCCAUGUCUUGUGUGGAAUCGAAGAGUUGAUACCAGCAAUUGGUAUUUCUCCACCGUUACCCUCUCUUCUGUCGCUUCUCAUCUCCCAGUUGGACUCAACCCUCCAAAACAUUAGGAAGAUCCAUUCAGAUCCUGUUCUGGAUGCUUCAAAGGUCGUCGAUGAUUCUUUUUAUUUCAGUGGAGAUGAUGAUGCUUUUCUUGGGUUCAAGACACAUUUUAUAUCUAUAUCUGAUGAUGGUAAAAUAUGGAGUUGGAUUUUGAGCGUCAAAAGAGAUAAUGAUUCUUCUAAUCUUCAGAGUCAUGACAAGCCACUAAAGAGCUCAACUGAUACAUCUUUUGAGAUCUCUUUAGUUGGACAACUGCAGCUUCUCUCGUCAACAGUGACUAUUCUUGCGGUACCAACCCCUUCAAUGACAGCAACAUUGGCUCGUGGAGGGAACUCUCCUGCUGUAGUAGUACCUCUCGUAGCUUUGGGAACUGAAGCUGGCACAAUUGAUGUUGUUGAUGUGUCUGCAAACGCAGUAGCUGCAAGUUUCUCUGCACACACCAGCCGUAUCAGGGGUUUAAAUUGGCUAGGAAAUUCUAGACUCGUUUCAUUCUCUUGUAGCCGGGUGAGUACACGAACAGGUGGAUUUAUUAAUAGGCUCGCCAUCACAUGUCUUAGGAGUGGCGUUAGUAAAGGCUUUCGAGUUUUGCAAAAACCAGAGCGAGCUCCCAUAAGAGCUCUAAAGGUUUCAUCUUCUGGGAGGUUGGUCUCUUUUUUUUCCCUAAGGAAACGAAAUAGAGCUCGCCGAAUAAAACAAACCACCCUUGGUUUUACUAGGUAUCUUCUUAUUUUAUUCCGUGGUGAUCCUGUAGAAGUGUGGGCAAUGACUAAAAGUCCAGUGAUGAUUAGAUCACUAACUCUUCCAUUUACGGUUUUGGAAUGGACGCUCCCAACUAUUCCAAAUUCAGCUGAAAAGAGCCUCUCAAAACAGCCUUCUAUCUCUUCUAACCAAGAAACAAUUGUCUCUGGAACUCCAAAAGCAUCAGAAGUUGGCACUGCUGAUGGACAACUCCAAGAUGAUACUUCUGAAAGUUUUGCAUUCGCACUAGUAAAUGGUGCACUUGGCGUUUUUGAAGUUUAUGGACGAAGGAUUCGAGAUUUCAGACCGAAAUGGCCGGAAGCUUCUUUCAAUACUUUUGAUGGGUUAAUUACUGCUAUGGCAUAUCGCGUGCCUCAUGUUGUCACAGGUGACAAGUUAGGAAACAUACGGUGGUGGGAUGUAACGUCCGGUAACUCUUCGUCGUUUAACACAUGCAAAGAAGGAAUAAAGAAGAUCAAAUUUUCACCCAUCUAUCAUGACAGUAUUAGCAGAGGACGGAUCUUUGUGCUAUUUUUUGACAACACCUUCUCCUUCUACGAUAUAGAUUCGCCGGAUCCAUUAGCCAUUUCCCUUAUAAGGCCUCAAAUACCUGGCUCCCUUAUACUUGAACUUGAUUGGUUGUCCCUGGGAACUAGCCGAUUUGACACCCUUGUAUUGUGUGUUGUUGGAACUGAUGGUAGCUUCCGCCUGGUCGAAGUCCAUGUAAAUGAAAAAAUGAUAACCCAAAAAUCCCACACAAAACCUCCCAAGGAAAAAUAUCGUCCAGUACCUUUAUGCACUCCUAUGCUAUUGCCUGUAUCGCAUGCCUUGGCAUUUCGGAUGAUCUUGCAACUGGGUGUAAAUCCAUCUUGGUUCAACACAUCUAGUCAAUGUAUUGGAAAACGAUCACAUUCUAUUCCGGAAAGAACUUCAUCUUCUAAAGACCUUAGGAGUUCCAUGAUUGAUUUCCCACCAAUCGGUGACCCUGCCGUGAUAGAAAUAUUGCUUAAAGUACUAGAACCAUAUCGUUUAGAAGGCUGCCUACUAGAUGAUGAGAAAGCAAAACUGUACUCCAGACUAGUAAAUAAAGGUUAUGCUGCAAGAUUUGCAUUCACGGCUGCCAUUUUUGGAGAAACUUCCGAGGCAUUUUUUUGGUUAAAACUACCUUGUGCUAUGAACUAUGAAGCCAACAAAAUUAAAAGCAAGAUUUCCGCGAAGCAUUUUGAAGAGGCAACUAUGCUAAAUAAAAUUACAUCAAAGGGACCCUCAGUUUCAGGAUUUGAGAAAAUUGGUUCUCUGGGUGAAGGUCAGCUAAAAUUAAUGGCUUUUGAACAAAAUGAAUUAUGGUUAUACGCUAGUGAACGAAUCCCGUGGCACGAGAAUCUAGGAGGGGAAGAGGCCAUUCAGAACCGAGUACACGAACUUGUAUCAGUUGGGAACUUGGAAGGUGCAGUAAGUUUGUUACUCUCCACUUCUCCAGAUAGCUCUUAUUUCUACCCCAAUGCACUGCGUGCUGUUGCUUUAUCUACUAGCGUGUCCAAAUCCCUCGUUGAGCUAGCGGUGAAGGUAGUUGCAGCCAAUAUGGUAAGACCAGACAGGUCACUUUCUGGAACUCAUCUUCUCUGCUCAGUUGGAAGAUACCAAGAAGCAUGCUCCCAGUUACAAGAUGCUGGUUGUUGGACGGAUUCUGCUACAUUGGCAGCUACGCAUUUAGAUGGAUCUGACUAUGCAAGAGUGUUGCAGAGGUGGGCAACACACGUCAUGCAAACUGAACAUGACAUUUGGAGGGGUGUGAUGCUAUAUAUAGCGAUAGGAGCAUUUGAGCAAGCUCUAGCAGCAUUUCGCAAAGCUGAGCAGCCCGAGACAGCAGCUAUUUUCAUUUUAGCCUGCCAAGAAACUCUAGCAAAUAGUUGGAGCAUUGAUGAUGACAAUGAAGACGUGAUAGCAAUUACUAAAUGCUAUGAGUUGUAUCAGGAGAAGCUGGUGCAUAUAUGCAUGGAUUCACCACCUUUUCUUCACUAAGGUUGUAUGUACACUGUUAUGUAAGAAUCAGAACCUCCAACUCUAUCAUCCUACUAUUGUUAUAAGUGAUAAAUCAGUUUAUACUUUCAAGUCA